AUGAUUGCUGAGGCUGUUGUUUCAUUUGUCAUAGAAAAAAUUGCAGAGCUCCUUGUCGAUGAAGGGGUCUUCCUCCACGAAGUACGUGGUCAGGUCGAGUGGGUCGAAGCAGAAUUGAGGUCGAUGUGGGCCUUCUUAAAAGAUGCAGACACAAAACAAAAGGAUGAAAGGGUGACGAAUUGGGUGGCGGAUGUCAGAGAUGCUGCUUACAAUGCGGAAGACGUCAUCGACAACUUCGUCCUUAAAAUAGAACAAGGAAGGAGAAGAGGGUUAGUUGGUUUCAUCAAGAGGUUCGCUCCCUUUAGUGAUGAACCAAUUGCUCGGCGUCAGCUAGGCAAGGAUAUCCAAGAGAUAAAGAAUAAACUUCUUGAGAUCUCUAAGAGAAGAAAGACUUAUGGCAUUGAGAAUCUAAGCAAAGGAGGAGAAGGAAGCAGUUCCAUGAGCGAAAUUUUGCGAGAGCAGAGGUGGACCUCUCCUCUACUAGAAGAUACAGAGGUCGUUGGUUUCCAAGAAGACAUGAGAACGUUGGUGGCACGGUUGAUCGAGGGCGAGUCGCGGCGCUGCAUGAUUUCUGUUGUUGGAAUGGGUGGUCUGGGCAAGACUACUCUCACCAGGAAAGUUUAUAAUCAUGAUGAUGUUAAAAAGCAUUUUGAUUGUUGUGCAUGGAUCUAUGUAUCUCAAGAAUAUGAUGUGAGGGGUCUUUUGCUUAACAUUAUGAGAUGCUUUAUGAUUCCCAUUGCAGAACAGAUAAGCAUUGUUCGGUUGAGGGAGAAGCUUUUCUUGCAUUUGCAAUCGAGGAGAUAUUUUGUGGUUGUAGAUGAUAUCUGGAAGACUGAAGCAUGGGAUGCUUUAGCAGCUGCCUUUCCAGACAUGAAUAACGGAAGUCGGGCCAUACUUACCACUCGCACUCGCAACAGAGACGUAGCUUUACAUGCAGACAUCCAGAGCUGUGUUCAUGAUCUGAAACUUCUAAAAACAGAUGAGAGCUGGAAGUUGUUUUGUCAAAAGAUAUUUUUCAAGCAAGAUAGCUGUCACACCCCAGACUCGUUGGGUCAGUUGCAAGGGACCCAAGCUUCCAUGAACUACAGGCCCUCGAAUACAGUCAUGAACCCCUUCUGUACCGUUGGAUCGAACCAGCCUCCAAGGGAUCCUGUCUAUCUUCACUGGCCGAGCCCUGCUAUGAUGUAUGCACAAUCCUGUGAGCGUUUCAGACAAGCUGUUUUUCAGGCGCCCUUCUAUCAGCAACCCUUAAGCUUUGAUUAUUCCCAGCACCGCUAUGGAGAACAGAAAAUGUCGCAGAAUGGUUGA